GCUGCAUGGGCCUUCCAUCGAUGGGCACUUUAGCGAAGCGCCUGGCGGCACAGGAUGCGCUUAAGCCGUCGGUGUUGCCGUCAAGGAGCUUGGAUUGCCUUCCUGGUGUUUCUGGCAGUUGUAUACAUUUGCCUUCAGACAAGAUUGGAGGGCGAGGAAAUAUCACCAAGGGUCGUUGGACUCGUUGGGACGUCUGCAAGCAGCCUGUCAGCGACUGCACCAACGCGAUCAAAUCAGGAGCAUUUCGUGGAUUCCGCGGACACUCCAAAAUGUGAGGGAGACAUUUCGUCCUUCAUCGGUGAAGGUGGGCAAUUCCCCGUCGUAUUAUUGGCACAUCAACGGCCGACUGUUUUGAACAAGACUCUGCAGAGCCUGAUGGGGUUGGAGGGAUUUUCGCCAGACCGACUUUUGGUCGCUCAGGAUGGCAAUGAUCGCGCAGUCAGCAAAUUGCUGGAUGAGAUGAAAUUGCAUUCGUUGCAGCACCUUCCUGCAACGCGGUCCACCAGCGGCGAUGCAUGGAAGAUAGCUGCGAAUAGGAUUGCCAGGCAUUACAAAUGGAGCAUCGAAGCUGGGUUCCACCAUUUUCAGUCUCCAGGUUUGAUCAUUGUGGAAGAUGAUCUGAUCUUCUCACCCGACUUUCUGACUUAUUUCCAGGCAACUGCCCCACUUUUGGACUGCGAUCCGACCCUAUGGGUCAUUUCUGCCUGGAAUGACAAUGGCUUUGAGCACUUGGUCCAUGACCGGAAGCAGCUACAACGUACUCAGUUCAUGCCUGGCUUAGGCUGGUUGCUUCAACGCAAGAUUUGGGACAACGAACUGGCCGAGAAGUGGCCCAUGGAGAUCAGUGCUGCGAAGCAAAAAGUGCAAACACUGAACUGGGAUCAUUGGAUGAGAGAUCCAUCACAACAUCAAGGACGCUCAGUGCUAUUUCCCCAAAUGCCGAGAGCCUUCCACAACGGAAGUGUAGGCACAUUCAUGGAUCCCAAGAUGCAUCAGCGCUACUUUGCCAAGAUUAUGAUCAAUCAGGAGAACAUCUCUUGGAAGAUCCCUUCGAUUCAGUCGUCAAGAGAGCUUGAUCCUGACGUCCUUGCAGCUCAAUAUGAUCGCUAUGAGGCACGAGUGAUUCAGAAACUCAAAUCCGCUCACGUGCCAAAUUCGAUUCCGGAGCUCAGCCAGCUCAUGCUGAGCAAAAAGAAUGUGCUUGCAGUAUGGAUUGAUGUUGAUCCAGAGUCCUCAGGACCCGUCAAUCAGGGCAAGUUUGGUGCAGUGGCACGCUUCUUUGGCAUGUGGCAUGAGGCGAAACGGGGCGCGCACCGUGGCAUGCACGAGCUUUGGUGGGGCGAGACGCAUAUUCUUCUUCUAAAUCUCCAUUUCAAGGUUGGGUACAUUGAAGGUUCUUGGAAGAACUCCCCAGACGGCAGAUGUACGGCCAGCCCCGCAGUAUCUUUGAACGCAAUUGCUUGUGAUCCUGAAAGCAAGUUGCCUUGCUGUUCAAGCGGUGGUUGGUGUGGCCAAUCGCCCUUGCACUGCGAUUGCAAGCGUUGCUUCGAUUUUCGCAAGAUGCUCCCGAACUAUCGGCAGUUGAUGCCUCCAACGGCGAAGGUGUUUACUUCGCAGGACUUCGCGUCAGCCACCCCCCCUGCGCGCAUCGUGACACGAAAGAUGUGCUGUGCUGUUCGUUGCCUUUCAUUUGGGGAUGCACAGGUGUCACUGGCAGGGAGCCAUUUUGUUAAGGGCCCAAGUGUUUGGUUGGAAUAUUGCAUGGGGGAUGAAAGACAGCAGGAGUCAACAUACGCUGAUCAUGGAAUGUAUAGAGCACACAGCAUGUGCAUUUCCCGUUGCAUUGUAUGCAUGACAUGGAAAUGA